UCUAAGUCAUGGUAUGGGGAAUGUUAGGCAUUGCCUCCAUGACUCCAUCAACCAUUGAAGGAAGAGAUUAGAGAAUAAAUAAAUAAGUGUCGAAAUCUUGGUUCAAAUUGGCCAAUCUCUUUCUCCUCUUCAAUUUUCUAAUUGCCAACUACCCAAAUUGUAAUAUAUUAAGCUUCAGAAUCACCGAGUUAGAUGUAGAUUGGUCUUGUUGUCUACAACCAUACUCAAAGUGAUAAGCAAACAGAUAAAGAAAAAGUCAUCAACUCUUCAUCGAUCAUUGCAGAUAACCUGUUUGCUUAAUUGUCUCAAAGAAAUGAGUACAGAAUACGCCACCGAUGAACCUCUUCUUUCUUCAAGCAAACAAGAUAAUGGCUUCAAUUACGUCACCAAGACACGUUUUUUGGUCAAAUUCACCAGAUGGGUUCUCAAGUUUGCAAUGUGUUCGAUUUUUUUUGCUUGGAUUACUUUCUUAUUCUUACUUCCAUCACAAUCCGUGAGCGACUUCUCUGAGAAAUUUGUCGACUCUACUUCCGGAUCGGUUUUUUGGGUUUCAGGAAGUAUAUUUCUUUAUGGAGGUCCACUAUUCAUCAUUGCAUUUCUUGCUAUACUUUACCUUCGGAUAUCUGGUGAACAAGAGUUUGAAGAGAAAAAGAAACCGAAACACGCAACUUUACGCUUGUGGACAUUCCCAGUUAUCGUAGAUGGACCAUUUGGAGUUGUUACAGCUGCAGAGUUGAUUGUAAUUCUAUUAGUUGUUGUGUAUAUCAUUUGUGCGCUUUCAGUUUAUGCUAUUCAAAACUACAACCUGAUUCCCUACUAUGAGAGUCAAGGAAAAAGCCAUGUAAUGCUGAAGCACACUGGAUUAAGAUUCGGGUCUAUUGGAUUGAUUUGCUUAAUGUUUAUGUUUUUACCGGUUUCAAGAGGAUCAAUUCUUUUAAGGCUUACAAAUAUCCCUUUUGAGCAUGCAACUCGAUAUCAUGUAUGGUUAGGACAUCUUACAAUGACACUCUUCACUCUUCAUGGUUCUUGUUAUUUCAUCUCAUGGAUCUUGGAAAAUCGUGUGCUACAUCAAGUAAUUGAUUGGAAGAAUAACAAGAUUGCAAAUCUGCCAGGUGUCAUCAGCCUAUCGGCUGGUUUGUUGAUGUGGGUGACGUCACUUCCUCAAGUGAGGAGGCUAAAAUUUGAACUAUUCUUCUACACUCAUCAGCUAUAUGUUGUGUUUGUUGUCUUCAUGGCUAUGCAUGUUGGUGAUAUCUUGUUUAGUAUGAUAGCUGGAGGUUUGUUCCUGUAUAUGCUUGACCGAUUUCUUAGAUUCUUUCAAUCAAGAAAGAGUGUGGAAAUACUCUCAGCCAAAUGCCUUCCUUCUGGAACUGUGGAACUUGUUAUAUCAAAACCUCAAGAUUUAAAGUACAAUGCCCUGAGUUGGGUUUUCGUCCAAGUUCGGGAAUUAUCAUGGCUACAAUGGCACCCUUUCAGUGUCUCAUCUAGUCCUCUAGAUGGAAACAAUCAUCUUUCUAUUCUCAUAAAGGUCCUUGGAAAUUGGACAAACAAACUAAAAUCUCAUAUCUUGAGUCUUCCUGAAGAUCAAACUGAUCUACAUGGACUCAUUCAACCAAAUUUGAAGCUUAAGGCAUAUGUAGAGGGGCCUUAUGGACACGAGUCUCCAUACCACUUGAUGUAUGAAAACCUUAUUUUAGUAGCGGGUGGCAUUGGGAUUUCACCAUUUGUGGCUAUCUUGAGUGAUAUUCUACACCGUAUUAAAGAGUGUAAACCUUGUAUGCCUAGAAAUGUAUUGAUAAUAUGGGCUGUUAAAACAUCAGAAGAACUUCCACUCCUUCACUCACUUGACUUGGAAUCACUCUUUCCAAACUUCCACACGAAACUGAAUUUGGAGAUUCAAAGUUACAUUACUCAGGAAUCCGAACCCCCACUGGAAGAGGGAAAUGAAGAGAAGUAUGCUAUUGCUAAUGCAACCCCUUUUGUCUAUUCUACCCCUAGCCAAUGUGGCAUGUCUGGAUUGGUUGGAACAGGAAACAUCAUAUGGUCUGGAACUUAUGUGGUGGUGUCCACAAUUGGUUUGGUGGUUUCUUUGACUUUGUUAAAUGUGUUUUACAUCAACACUUAUGAUGUAACAUAUCGUUGGUAUAAAGGGCUUCUAGUAUUGAUAUGCAUGAUUAUAAGUGUGAUUGUAUUUGGAGGCCUUGUGAUUGGUCUAUGGCAUCUUUCGGAUACAAAAACCUCAAAAAAAGAAAAAUCUUGGGACAAAAAUCAAACCGAAGAAAUACAACACAACAAGUCUACUACUUCAUGCAAGCAUUCAUCAGAAGAAAGUUUUGUCAAAACCACAAAAUAUGGUCAAAGACCUGAUCUGAAAGAAAUUUUUGGGAGGAUGUGUGUAAGAAUUUUGGAAGGAGGAGCAAUAAUCCAGUCUUCCAUUUCAACAGCCACAGUUUUGAUCUGGGUUUACCAUUUAUAUCAGCAAAAGAAGAAACUGUCCCAAGUCAAGAGAAGACAAAAUGGCAUUAAAAGACAGCGGCUUCCUAACAUCGAGAACUUCAAAUCGUCCGGUUGGUUUUUUUAG